GUGAGGGGCGGGACGCAGCGGGAUCCGCGGCCGGAGAGCUGCGUCGGCGGCGUCGGCGGAGCGGAGGGUCCCGGGCAGCCGGGUUUGGGAGGCCCAUUGCUCACCCCACCUGUCAGGUGGCUGCCAGCCUGGAGGGAUGCCACCCCCGUCGGACAUUGUCAAGGUGGCUGUGGAGUGGCCGGGGGCUAACGCUCAGCUGCUGGAGAUUGACCAGAAGCGGCCUCUGGCGUCCAUCAUCAAGGAGGUCUGUGACGGGUGGUCGCUGCCCAACGCAGAGUACUACACGCUGCGCUACGCAGAUGGGGCCCAGCUGUACAUCACGGAGCAGACCCGCUGUGACAUCAAGAACGGGACCAUCCUGCAGCUGGCUGUUUCUCCAUCCAGGGCUGCCCGCCAGCUGAUGGACCGGACGCAGUCGCACAGCAUGGAGGCUCGGCUGGAGGCCAUGAAGGAGCUGGCUAAGCUCUCUGCAGAUGUGACCUUUGCCACUGAGUUCAUCAACAUGGAUGGCAUCUCGGUGCUCACCCGCCUCGUGGAGAGCGGCACCAAGCUCCUCUCCCACUACAGUGAGAUGCUGGCAUUCACCCUGACAGCCUUCCUGGAGCUCAUGGACCACGGCAUCAUCUCCUGGGACAUGGUGUCCAUCAGUUUCGUCAAGCAGAUCGCGGGCUACGUGAGCCGGCCAACGGUGGAUGUCUCCAUCCUGCAGCGCUCCUUGGCCAUCCUGGAGAGCAUGGUGCUCAACAGCCAGAGCCUCUACCAGAAGAUUGCCGAGGAGAUCACUGUGGGGCAGCUCAUUGCCCACCUGCAAGUCUCAAACCAGGAGAUCCAGACGUAUGCCAUCGCCUUGAUCAACGCCCUCUUUCUGAAGGCCCCGGAGGACAAGAGGCAGGAGAAGCUCCUUAACCCGCUAGACCUGCCUUGCACUGAAAUGGCCAACGCCUUUGCUCAGAAGCACCUGCGCUCCAUCAUCUUGGCACACGUCAUUCGGGGCAACCGCCCCAUCAAGACGGAGAUGGCCCAUCAGUUGUACGUGCUGCAGGUCCUGACCUUCAACCUCCUGGAGGAGAGAAUGAUGACCAAAAUGGACCCCAGUGACCAGGCACAGAGGGACAUCAUCUUUGAGCUGCGCAGGAUCGCCUUUGACGCCGAGUCGGAGAGCAACAGCCUCCCUGGGGGCGGGACAGAGAAGAGGAGAGCCAUGUACACCAAGGACUACAAGAUGCUGGGCUUCAUGAACCACAUCAACCCUGCCCUGGACUUCACCCAGACCCCGCCGGGGAUGCUGGCCUUGGACAACAUGCUCUACCUGGCCAAGUGCCACCAGGACACCUACAUCCGGAUUGUCCUGGAGAACAGCAGCCGGGAGGAUAAGCACGAGUGUCCCUUUGGGCGCAGCGCCAUUGAGCUCACCAAGAUGCUGUGCGAGAUCCUGCAGGUCGGGGAGCUGCCCAAUGAAGGCCGCAAUGACUACCACCCCAUGUUUUUCACCCACGACCGCGCCUUCGAGGAGCUCUUUGCCAUCUGCAUCCAGCUGCUCAACAAGACCUGGAAGGAGAUGCGGGCCACGGCGGAGGACUUCAACAAGGUGAUGCAGGUGGUGCGGGAGCAGAUCAUGCGGGCGCUGCCCUCCAAGCCCAACUCCCUGGACCAGUUCAAGAGCAAACUGCGCAGCCUCAGCUACUCGGAAAUCCUGCGCCUGCGCCAGUCGGAGCGCAUGAGCCAGGACGACUUCCACUCCCCGCCCAUCAUGGAGCUGCGGGAGAAGAUCCAGCCGGAGAUCCUGGAGCUCAUCAAGCAGCAGCGCCUGAACCGCCUCUGCGAGGGGAGCAGCUUCCGCAAGAUUGGGAACCGGCGGAGGCAAGAGCGGUUCUGGUUCUGCCGCCUGGCUCUGAACCACAAAGUGCUUCACUACGGGGACCUGGAGGACAACACCCAGGGGGAGGUCACAUUUGAGGCUCUGCAGGAGAAGAUACCCGUUGCAGACAUCAAGGCCGUCGUCACUGGGAAGGACUGUCCACACAUGAAGGAGAAGGGGGCUCUGAAGCAGAACAAGGAGGCUCUGGAGUUGGCCUUUUCCAUCCUGUACGAUCCGGAUGAGACCCUGAACUUCAUAGCCCCCAACAAAUAUGAGUACUGCAUCUGGAUCGAUGGCCUCAACGCCCUCCUGGGGAAGGAGAUGGGCAGCGACCUGACCAAGAGCGACCUGGACACGCUGCUCAGCAUGGAGAUGAAGCUGCGGCUGCUGGACCUGGAGAACAUCCCCAUCCCCGAGGUGCCCCCACCCGUCCCCAAGGAGCCCAGCAGCUACGACUUCGUCUACCACUACGGAUGAUGCCCCUGGGCAGCAGAGGCAGGGCGGGGGGGGGGCAGCCUCCGGCCCCCUCCAGCGCAUGCCCAGGACCUCUUCUUCUUGCGGGGGGGAGGGAGGGGGGGCUCCUCUCUGACUGCAGAAGGAGGGAUCCUGCUGGGCAGUAGCGUUUGGUUUUUUUUUUUUUUUUUUGAAUGCUACAAGACUCUCCCCUCUAUGGCAGCUGUUCUCCGCCCUGCCCCCUUCCUUAGGGUGGGCAGCAGGGGGCAGCCAGAGCCAGCUGUGCUGGAGGGCUGAGCGUGCGCUGAAUUCCCCCCCCCCCAAUGGCAUUUCUGCAGAUUUGUGGCAGAGCCGUCCUUGGUGUGCCUUUGCCUGAUGUGCUUGGCCUGAGGCAAGGGGGCAUGACAGAUGGGGGUCGGCAGCAGAGCCUCAUCCCUGACCGGUCUCUGGGGCCUGCCUUGUAGGGGGCUGGGCAAGAUGACCCUUGGGGACCCUUUCCAACUCUACCGUUCCAUGAUUCUCUUACUUUCCAGGCAGGCAGGGGCUCCAUCCUGUGGGUCUGCUGCCGCCCGGUGAGCCCAGCAGUGGCAAAUGCAGCCCAUGGUACAGCUUCUGCUCCCCCAUCUAGGCUCCCCUGGGUGGAAGAGCACUGAGACCCCCCCCCCCCCGACCCAAGAAAGGCUGCCAGUCUAGCUGCUUUCACCUGGCAGUGGGGCACAGUGCACAGGCUGGACCUGGCAUGCCCCUCAUUCCCCACCCCCACCCCAAUCUUCGCAUUAAAGGCUGUUUUCCUCCUUUUUGCCGGCUCCUGUUUCCUUCUUGAGACCAGGCUGUGGGAGGAGAAGAGUUAGGCCAGGCGGAAGCAGAAGCGAACUGUUCCCUGGGAGGGAGCAAGGAGGGCUUCCUGCUUCUUGUGGGUGCCAGUGCCUCCCCCCACCCCAGGCAGAAGUGAGAGCUGCCUGUAGAAAAUCGUGGAUUUCAGAGGAGAAGUGAGUGGGCAGCAACCUGUCCCAUUUCCCUUCUGAAAACUGGCAGUAAACACCGGAGGUUCUGCUCAUGCAGGUCUUAUUUUGACCAGAAUAUGGGUGCUUGUGAGGCUUCCUGCGAUUUUUGAAGACUGGGGACAGGGACCCCUGGUUGCAAGAGCAGCCCAACCCUUCUCCGCCUGGGGUGUGUCUUGCCUCCCCUCUGCACAGCACCCACAUUGAAGGUUUCAACUUAAACCCUGUGGGCACAAUAAUCCCUGCCGUCCCCCUGCUCCCUUUUCGGGAGUGGCUGGUGGUUGAAUUCCAGCCAAAUUUGGGCCACUUCAUGCAUGGAGGGGGCGGGCGGGUCUUGCACGGCCUCGGCUCCCAGCCUUCCGCCCCUAAUUUGUGAGGAUUCUGGGAGACACUUGGACCAGGGGCCUGUCCUUGGAUGUUUGGGGAGAUCCUGGAAGAGCUGCUGGGGCAAGGAUGCUGCAGAGGUUUCCCAAGAGGAAGCCCUGCCAGACUCAAGGCAGCUCUAUCUGCCCGCUGGGUCCCUCCGGGAAAUGCGGCGCGUAUUGCUGCAUCGCCUCCCCGCCAGCCAGGUGCCCCUCCUGGAAGCCCCAGGUAGGACUCAGGGGCAGCAACCCCACUCGGCCCCCGGCGGGCCCUUCCUGCAUGGGGGGGGGCAGCGAUCAGGGUGUUGGGCCAGGACCUGGGUUCGAAUUCACCCCCGGCCCAUAAAGCCCACCUUGUGACUGCCUCGGCGCCUCUCAGCCUCGCCUACCUCGCAGGGAU